GAGAAAGAGAAAAAGAGAGGGGAGGAGAAGAAGAAGAAGAAGAAGUUGUUGUUUUAUUCAAUUGAAUCAGCUGAUCAAUAAUCAACCUGAAGACUCAAACUGCAGACGGACGGACAGACCACAGACAGACCGGUCGGGGGACGGAGCCUCUUCAGGUGUUUACAUCACCUGGUAACCAUGACAACCACCUGUCUGAGCUGAACCUGUGGGAUGUGAGGUGCAGAGGAGCUUCCUGUCUGACAACACCAUGCCCCCCCUCCUCCCCCUCCUGCUGCUGCUGCUGCCGGCGCUGGCUCGCUGUCAGAGCGCCGGCCCGUUCGAUGAGUGUCGCGCUCUGCGUGGCUCGGAGGCGGGGCCAGGCUGGGAGUUCUUCCCCUGCCAGCCUCCACCCGCCAACAUGAAAGAAGUCAUGCAGAUCAGAGUCGACCCGCCAGGAAUCACCUGCGGAAACCCACCGGAGAGGUUCUGCACACUGGAGAACCCGUACCUGUGCAGCGAUGAGUGCGAUGCGUCCAGCCCUGACCUGUCUCACCCUCCUCAAUUGAUGGGAGACAGGGAGAGGGGGGGGCUCAUCACCUACUGGCAGACUGUCACAUGGUCCAGGUAUCCUGAGCCCCUAUUGGCCAACAUCACGCUGUCCUGGAACAAGAGUCUGGAGGUGGUCGAUGACAUCGUCGUUACCUUCGAGUAUGGCCGACCAACCAGCAUGGUGCUGGAGAAAUCUAUGGACAAAGGUGUAACAUGGCAGCCGUAUCAGUACUACGCUGAUGACUGUCUGGAGGCGUUCGGUAUGUCUCCUAAACGGGUCUCUGAUUUAGCACCGAGCAACUUAACCCGGGUCAUCUGCACCGAGCAGUACUCGCGCUGGGUCGGAGCCAAGGAGGAGAAGAUCGUGGUGUUCGAGGUGCGCACUCGGUUCGGGGUGUUUGCAGGUCAGAAGCUGAUCAACAUGCACGCCCUGUACACCCGGAUGGAGACCAUGAAGGGUCUGAGAGACUUCUUUACCUUCACCAACCUCCGUCUGAGACUCCUCCGCCCAGCGCUGGGAGGGACAUAUGUCCAGAGAGACAACCUGCUGAAAUACUUCUAUGCUGUUUCAAACAUUGAUGUUCCUGCCAGGUGUAAGUGUAACCAGCAUGCGUCUCAGUGUGUCUUACGGGAUGCGACUCUGCAGUGUGAAUGCGACCACAACACAAGUGGACAGGACUGUCAGCGCUGCAGACAAGGGUUCAAAUCCCGCAGCUGGAGACCGGGAUCAUACCUGCCGCUGCCCAGAGGCUCUGCCAACACCUGUGAAGCAGUAGAAACAGCAGACACGGCUGGUGACUCUGACUCAGCAACAUCUGAUAGACCCCCUGGCUCAUCAGAUCGAGUGACUGACACUACAACUACUACUACUACUACUACUACUACUGAAAGUACUACUACUGCUCCUAUAACUGAGUAUACCACCCCUACUGACAUUAUUACAACUUCUGACACUCCUACAACUGAAUAUACCACCCCUACUUACAUUAUUACAACUUCUGACGCUCCUAUAACUGAAUAUACCACGCCUACUGACAUUAUUACAACUUCUGAAGCUCCUACAACUGAAUAUACCACCCCUUCUGACAGUCUUACUCCAGCUAACACUUUUGGCAUUGACUUUUCUGACAUUUCUACAACUACUUUUCUGUACACGUUGACUUCUGAUGAAGCUGACGUUACUAUAACUGAAUAUACCACCCCUACUGAACCUUUAGGCACUUCCACUGCUGACUUUACUACGACUACAGAAAUUUCUACGACUACUUUUCUGUACAUGUUGACUUCUGAUGAAGCUGACGUUACUAUAACUGAAUAUACCGCCCCUAUUGACACUUUCAGCACUUCCACUACCGACUUUACUAUGACUACAGACAGUUUUACAACUACUUUCACGUACAUGUUGACUUCUGAAUCAGCUUCUACAAGCACAGUGAGUCCAUCUGCUGUCACAAAUACAGCCAGUACUUCUUCUACCACUGACACAUUGAGUAUUACUUCUGCUGAAACAAGUACUAGCAGUGAAACUAGCACUGUUUUCGACAAAGACAGUGUUCUUACUUUUAGUACCAUCAUGACUGAAACUAGCUCUACUACUUACUUUGUUGGUACAAACGAUGCUGGGGACUUUCCCGAAGCUGGCGUAGACUCUACGACUACAAAAGUUGACACAGUUUUUAGUACUUCAGUCUCUGAUCUGUUUACAGAAUUUAGCAGUUCAGCAGAACCAACAGCGGACACAUUUCCUUUCAGAAGUCCAGCUCCAGAGACAGGAGACACUCUGUACAAACCAGUUUCCACAAUCCCAGACACCACCACUCCCAGUACCACUGUUAGCACCUCCAGUUACACCAGUGCCAACAGCCCCACUGUCCCAGACCGCAGCACUGACUCUGAGGUGUCUAUUUCUGACCCAGUGACUCCGCCCCCUGACUCCACCACCUCACCAGACAACACCGACUCCACCCUCUCUUGGACUGGUACUAUCUUACCUUCUGAUGGGCCGACAACAUCAACCGGGGCUCCAACAACAACAGCCCUCCCAGAAAUAACCCUGGCCAGUGACAGGGUGUUAUCUGGAGAUACAGACCCAACCAACCAGGCUGGAGAUGUUCUACCCACAGCAGGAGCUGACACAACUUCUCCUGAUGUUCUUCCAGAGACUCCGAUCAGUGCACCACCUCCUGAUCUACCUCCUCCAGAGGGAGACUUUCCAGAUAUUCCUCCUCUGGAUGAACCUCCAUCUGAUGAAGAUGGAGCCUUUCCAAAUAAACCUCCUGAUGAACCUCCAGGAGUUUCACCUCCAGAUGUACCUCCACCUGAUGAAGAUGUUCCACCAGAAGCGCCCUCCUCUAGGACUCCAGAUAUCAUGAUAGAUGUCCCUCCUCCGGAGAUACCGCCUCCAGAUAUUCCUUCCCCUGACGUACCUCCUGUUGUUCCUGUAGAACUCUUGUUGCUUCCUUCUGUAGGAGGCAAUGCUGCACUAGACACACGCUCCACCACCUCAAAUCUGUCUGACCCUGCUGAUGAUUUGGUCCCAGUGGACUUUAGCUUCCCUUCUCCGGGUGAGCCAUAUUCAACUGACCGUGGACCAGAUUAUGGACCAGAUUAUGGACCGGAUUACGGACCAGCGCCUGUUGGUGAACCUGGGAACUUUCCAGAUAUUUCCCGUGGAUCUGUUGAUAUUCCUGGAUCAAAUUCAGUUGACUCGGGACUGGAUUCUGUCUCAGCCGGGCUAGAUAAAGAGGAAGCAGUAAAAGGUGGAAUGGAGUCAGCUCCUGAAGCAGUAGAUGAUCCAGGGGUAGAUUCCUCUGCAGCUCAGAUGGAAGUAAAGUCUUCUGGAGAGGAUUCAGCUGCUAGGGGACCAGCAGGAGGCUCAGAAUCGGUUGCAAAGAAAGACUCUAAACAAGAGAAGACAGAAGAGCAAAAAGAGGAGAAAGUCACUGAGGCCAAAGAGGAAACACAAAAGGAAACAAAAGAAGGAAAGGAAACAAAAGAAGGAAAGGAGAAAGAUGACAAAGGCUACGAGAAAAAAGCGACCCAGAAGAUUCUGAUUCCAGGAGGACCAAAGGUCAGUCAGCUGUCCAAAAUCGCCUACGUCUCCUUCCAGGACUGCGAGUGUAAUGGUCACUCCAACCGCUGCAGCUACAUCGACUUCAUCAACGUGGUCACAUGUGUGAGCUGUAAACACAACACACGAGGGCAGAACUGCCAAUUUUGCCGCCUCGGUUACUAUAGAAACCCCUCGCUGCCACUGGACGACGAGGACGUCUGUGUCGAGUGUGAGUGCAGCGCGGCUGGCAGUCUGUCUCCUCACUGCUCGGAGUCCGGUCUCUGUCAGUGUAAAGGCGGAGCCACCGGGCGGCGCUGUGACUCCUGUCUGCCUGGAUACACCUGGAGAGGGGGCGGAGCCAGCUGCACAGAGAAUGUGUGCGACAAGGAGGGUUUGAUCUGUCAGAACGGAGGAACCUGCGUCGACUUCCAGCGCUGCGUCUGUCCGGAGAAUGCCACAGGUGUGCUGUGUGAGAACAGAGUGUGUCUGAAGCAUGGCGGUUGCCAGGAUGAUGCUGAGAGCUCCGCCCCCUCUCUGACAUCACAGCUUUACCUGCUGAGCCUCGGUCUGAUCUGCUCCACCGUCCGCUGACCCCCUCCAGGCCACGCCCACUUAUGACGCCAUACAUGGAUGAGGAACAGGAAGUGACAUCACAGCUGGAUACACCUGUGACGUGUUAAUUUACCACGUUUGAAGAAACAAAACAGACGUUCCAAACUAAAACAUAUUUAUAACUAAUAAGCUGUGAUUCAGUCAAAUGUAAACAUUUCUCAGGAUUUUAGAACCACCGUGUUCAGACAUGAAACUACACAGA